GGAAAGAGGGAGGAAGAGGAGGGCAUGCCUGUGGGUACAUAAUAGCCCAUCCUCUUCCAGAGCUGGUUAACCCUUUCUGCUCUGCCUUCCCUUUCUUCAGGAACAGCUGUGCAUGGUAUCCUCGCUCUGGAAAAUUAUUGCAGCUGGAAAAUCUGUCCAAAGAAAGGAAAACAAUCCCGUGGCCAUGUUGGAGGCUACGUUGGAUUGUGGGUUAAAGAUGGAGCAGCACGACAAGGCUUGCUCCGAUGUAGGCGUAGGGCUCCGUAUCAUUCAGGUCGGGAGAAGCAGGGAUUUCUUGGUUCGAAAAGCCUCGGAUGAUGACACGGAUCCCGCAGAUAUCCAGCGCCAGCGUUUCAGGCAAUUCCGUUACCAGGAGGCCGAGGGACCGAGAGAGGUCUGCGGCCGACUCCAUGUCCUCUGCCGGCAGUGGCUGAAGCCGGAGCGACACACCAAAAAGCACAUCUUGGAUUUGGUGAUCCUGGAGCAGUUCCUGGCCAUCCUUCCCCAAGAAAUGGAGAGCUGGGUGAGAGAAAGUGGAGCAGAAACCAGUUCCCAGGCAGUGGCCCUGGCAGAAGGUUUCCUCCUGAGUCAGGCCGAGGAGAAGAAGCAGGAACUGGAAAGAGGAGUAAAGCAGGAGCCAGAGACAUUUGUGUCCGCCAAUCUUCCAGAGCCGGAGAAGCUUCAUUGUAUGCCGAUGAUACCGUCCCUUUGUAGCAGUGGAUCAGAAGUGGCUUCUGAACUGAUGGAUCGGGACCCGAGGCCAUGCAAGAAGGAAGAUGUGCAUUUCAAUGAGGAGGAAUGGGGCCACUUGGAUCUGGACCCAGGGGCCCGCCGUGCGGAAGUCAUGGAGGAAAAGUGGGGGAACACAGCCUCUCCGGGUACAGAUGGAAAGGAAAAUGCAAAAAAAGAGCCACAUAGGAUGGUGUUGGAAGGCUACGGAGAAGACAAGAGCAGUAAAACCGAAGCAAAAGAGAAAAAGAAGGACCCAACGUCUGCUGCUCAGGGCGGCAAUGUCUCGGAAAGCUCCACCCAGGAGAAAACCAACAAAGGAAAGGAAGGGAGUUGGUGCCUUGUAUGCGGGAAAAGCUUCAGUAGUAAAUCCAGCCUCAACCUGCACAUGAGGACGCACACGGGGGAGAAACCGUACAUGUGCGUGGAGUGCGGGAAAAGCUUUGGCCAGAGCGCACACCUUACCUCUCACCAGAGGAUCCACACCGGCGAGAAGCCGUACGUGUGCGUGGAGUGCGGGAAGAGCUUCAGCCAGAAGAUAACGCUCACGUUCCACCAAGGAAGCCACACCGGGGAGAAGCCCCACAAGUGUCCGGAGUGCGGCAAGAUGUACAGCCGGAAGUCCUACCUGACUCGGCACCAGCGCAGCCACGCGAGAGGGAAACCUUACAAAUGCCUGAAAUGUGGGAAGUGCUUUAGUCACAGCCAGAACCUCCACUCGCACCAGAGGAUCCACCAAGGAGAGAAGCCGUACAAGUGCCUGGAGUGUGACAAGAGCUUCAACCAGAAGACCAACCUCACCAGGCAUCGAAGAACCCACCCAGCAGAGAAACUGUGUCCCCAAUUGCAGCUGGGCAUUGUUUGCACCCAUUUGCAAUUUCAUCCAAGUCCAAAGAGGGGUUGUCUUAGGCAAGGAAUGCACAGCUUUCAUGGCUGGGAUCACAAGGUGGUUGUGUGUUUUCCAGGCUGUAUGGCCAUGUUCCGGCAGCAUUCUUUCCUGACGUUUCGCCCACAUCUGUGGCAGGCACCCUCAGAGGUGUGUGAGGUCCCCAAUUGCAGGCCCAGUGCAGCUCCUGAUAGGCAUUUAGUAAACAAGACCCCAAUCCAGGGUUUGAUCCAAUUGGUGGCAUUUCUUUCAGAUCACAGACCAAAGAUGGACCAGGAAGACCCAAAGGAGGUCAUGGAGGAGAAUUCUGGGAUGGUCAGCUCAUCCGAGCUUGAUCGUCCCGAUCAUCUAGACAAUUUUGGAGACCAGGGCCCAAAGACAGAAGAGGAAGACGAAGACAUAGAAGAGAUUGUGGUGCCAGUGGUGGUGAAACCGUUUACCUGCUUGGAAUGUGGGAAGAGCUUCCGUGAGCGGCCCAGCUGGACUUCGCAUCAAAGAAUCCACACGGGCGAAAAACCAUACAAAUGCCCCGUCUGUGGGAAGUGCUUCCGCACCAGCAGAAACCUCCGCUUCCACCAACGAAUCCACACUGACGAAAAGCCAUUUAAGUGUCCUGAGUGUGGCAAGGGCUUCCGUACGAGCAAAGCCCUCAGUGUCCAUCAGCGAACUCAUACGGGAGAGAAACCCUUUAAAUGCUCAGAGUGUGGAAAGUGCUUCAGCCAGAAGACAAACCUCACUUGUCAUCAAAGGACCCACACCGGAGAGAAGCCGCACAAAUGCUCCGAGUGUGGCAAGAGCUUCCACCAGAAGACUAAUCUGACGUAUCACCAAAGAAUCCACACGGGGGAAAAACCCUAUCAGUGCUCAGAGUGCGGGAAAAGGUUUGGACACAUUGUGAGUCUCACCGACCACCAGCGGCUUCAUACGGGAGAGAAACCUUACAAGUGUUUGGUGUGCGGAAAGGAUUUCACAACGAGCAAAUACCUGAGUUAUCAUCAGAGAAUCCACACUGGAGAGAAACCAUUCAGAUGUUCGGAGUGCGGCGAAAGCUUCUGUUGGGCGAACUCCCUUACUUUACACCAGCGGCUUCACACAGGCGAGAAACCGUACAAAUGCUUAGAGUGCGGGAAGAGCUUUUGCGAGAGCACCAGCCUGACUUCGCAUCAAGCCAUCCAUACCGGGGCCAAACCGUAUCAGUGCCUCAAGUGUGGAAAAAGCCUGAGCAGCAAAAAAUCCCUGACUUCCCACCAGCGCAUUCACACCGGAGAGAAACCCUACAAAUGCCUGGAGUGUGGGAAAAGCUUCAGCAUGAGUACGAACCUCACUUCUCACCAGAGGAUCCACACUGGGGAGAAACCAUUUAAGUGUCUGGAGUGUGGCAAGUGGUUUAGCCACAAAACAAACCUGACUUCGCAUCAGAGGACCCACACUGGGGAAAAACCUUACAAGUGUCCGGAGUGCGGGAAGUGCUUUGGGCACAGGGCACACCUUAGCAAUCAUCAGAGGACGCACACAAGAGUCAAGCCCUACCAGUGCCUGGAGUGCGGGAAGGGCUUUGGUGUGAGCACCAGUCUCCGUAAGCAUCAAAGGACCCAACACAUGGAAAAGACACAUCAGUCCAUCAGUGCGCAGAUUGUAGAAAGCUCUUCCGCUGAAGCCAAAUCUUCAGUAGAUAUUACAGAAUCCACAGAGGAGAAAUCAAUCAUGACCAAAGAUGGUCCUUUCGUCAAAAAUGGCGAGGGGCCUGUGCCUGAGGCCUCGCCCGGCCCUUCUUCUCGCAGAGGAGGUAAUGGAGCGGGAGGUGGCUGCCCUCCGCCGCCUCCCCCGCCUCGGCCUUCACCCUCGGCCCCUUUCCACGAAGACCACCGCCGGGAGCUGGAGGCGUUGAGGACAGAGCUCGAAGCCGAGCGUCUCCGUUCCCAGGAGGCCCGGCGCCGCUUCGCCUUGGAGGCCAGGGAGCUGCGUGAGGCGGCAGAAAAGGAGCGGCAGCUGCUGGUUGACCAACUCCGCUCCAAGUGGGAGCAGCAACGGGCCCGCGAGCUUCACCAACUCAAGGAGGUUGGGCUGCGGGAGCGCGAGGCCGAGAUCAGGCAGCUGCUCCGCUGGAAGGAAGCCGAGCUACGCCAGGCCCAGGAGCUGCUGCAACGGGAGCGUGACGCUGCUAUGCGUCAAGCCCGGGACCUCCAACGCCAGCUGGCUGAGGAGCUGGUGGGCCGAUGCAAAGGACAAGGACAAGGCCUGAGCGGAGAAGGCCGUGCUAAGCUCCAGGAAGUUCUGGGCAAGCUCCGCUGGGAGGUCGACGGUGAACAGGCCGCCCGCAUCCGCCACCUCAAGGCCGAGCUGGAGCUGGAGCGGAGCCUGUUCCUCAAAUACAUCCUGCAGCGCUUCGAGGGGGAGCAGCCCACCCUGGGCUUCUCGCCGAGGGGCCCCAAGAGCGGGCCUCACUCCCUGAGCAGCCUCAUGGCCGCCUGCCGAGCCUCCAGGUCUCAUUCCUUGGAAGGCGGCCUGAACCACAGCUGCGAGUCUCCCAAAAAGCAAGGACGGAGCUGCUGUGCAUGGAGCAAGAGCCACAGCUCCCGGGAGCAGCAACAGCAGGCACCUGAAAAUGCUUUGGGAAAGCCGACGACCGUGGAGGACAAGAGCCACUUUCCAGAGGAACAACAGACACUGAAAAAUAUUUUGGGAAAGGAAGUGCCCAUGGAGGUGCCCAUGGUGAUGCCCAUGGAGGAGCCCAUGGAGGUGCCCAUGGAGAUGCCCAUGGAGAAGCCCAUGGAGAAGCCCAUGGAACAAGAGAUACCCAAACAUAUUUUGGAAAAGGAGACGUCCAUGGAGACCAACAACCGCAGCUCCCAGGAACAACAGAAGACGCCUCACAUUACUUUGGGAGAAGAGAUGUCCAUGGAGAAUGGAGUCAAUAAAGGGGAGGGUGAGGAUGUGCCUCUUGAAGAGAAAGAAGCCAGUGAAGAAACUGGAGGACAGGAGCAACCUCAAGACCAGCAGGCGCAAGAAGUGCUGUCUGGAAGUGGUUAUGACCAGCUGGUGAAGCAGAACGCAGAGUUUUUGAAAGCGCUGGUGGUUCUGGAGCAAAGAUGCACUCACCUCAAGAACGAAAACACCUUACUGAGGAAGAGCAGCUUCCCAGAAAUGCAGGACAAAGUGAAGCGGCUAAAGAAGAAGAAUGUGGAGCUGGCAAGCAUUGCCAAGAGGCUGGAGGAAGGAGCCAAGCGGCUCCAAGAAUCCAGCCUCAAAUUUGGCAGCAGCUCCAUCCCAGUGGCCAUGAGUCGCUCGGAUAUGGAACUGUACAAGACAUCGUUUGCUCGGCAAAGGGCCAAAGACUUGAGCGAACAAACCAGUGUCAUCCUGGCUAAAGAUCAACAGUUAGAAGCCUUACGGAGGGAAUGCUGGGAGCUUCAUUCCAAGCGAUCUGCAGGCAAAGAGAGCCAGUAUAUGCUGAGUAUCUGCGAUUUUGAGCGCUUGCUGCGGGAAUCUCAGAAAGAAGUUCUGCGAUUACAGCGACAGAUUAUGCUUAAGAACCUGAGGGACUCUCUUGAGCACUCUAAAAUGAAUUCAGAUUCUAUAUCUUCAUCUGUUAGCACACAGGAAACCUCACUAGAUACACUUUUAGAGAAGACGUCUUUGCCAAAGGAGACACAAAAUAUAUUGGUAAAUAAUGUAGAAUCAGAAUCGCUGCCAGCGGGAAAUGGCAUCGAGAACAAAGGCAACAGCCUUUUAAAAACAGACCCAGAUACCGAAUAUCGCCUUCAAGUAUUAACAGAAGAGCUUUCUAGUAAAAGCAAAGAGUGUGAAAUCCUCGGACGUGAAAUGGAGGAGAAGCAAAAGAGAUGUGAUGAUCUGGAAACACAGCUCAAAGAAGUACUAGACGAAAAUGCAAGGAUUACUGAGGAAAAUUCCCAUCUCGAAAAGAAGAGUGAAAUGGCACAGAAAAUGGAAAAUGAAAACACGGAGAUCAAUGCGAAACUAAUGCAGGCAACUGAUGCUCGUAAUUCUGCUGUUCAGUUGACCAAGGGACUUGAGAGCAAAGUGGAGAAUUUGGAACAAAUCAUUAGAAAUUUAAAAGAAAUCGUGGAAAGAAGGCAACAGCUAGUCUCCGAACACGAGCAAACCCUGCUAGUGCUGCAGACAAAAGAUGAAGAAAUACAACAGCUCCAACAAAUCCAGGCAAAAACGAAAAAAGAAAAUGAAGAAACGGUAGAACAGCUUAAAGCUCGAGUGAAAGAAUUAGAAAACCAACGUCACAGCCAAACCGAAUGCUUUCACCGUCUGUCCCGAGCACAUGGGCAAUUACAAAAGAAGAAAUCUGAAAUCUUAGAACUGGAGUCAUCACGUGCAAGCUACACUUCCGAAUCAAUAACCUAUCCCCCAAAAGGGAAUGAAGACAAUUUUCACAUCAGUGGAAAAAGUGAAAAUUGUGAUAAAAGCCCUCCAGUUGCUUUGCUGCAAAACGCCAAAGUGUUUGAAACUUACUCAAGUGCAUCUAAAUCAGAUUCCAUACAAAAUAGCUCCCGGUCUCGUUCGAAUCCAAAAGAAGACACAACAGAUGAAAUACAAGAACCAGAAACUGAUAAAAUAUCCAUGAAUCUUGAGUUAGAAAAUCGAGAUCCUACAAAACUUCGUGUCUUUCUAGCACGCUACAGCUACGACCCUUUUGACGGCCCAAAUAAAAAUCCGGAGACGGAGCUUCCGCUUACAGCCGGAGAAUAUGUUUACAUCUGUGGGGAAAUGGACGAAGAUGGCUUCUAUGAAGGGGAACUGAUGGAUGGCAGGAGAGGGAUGAUUCCCUCCAAUCUGGUCGAGGAAGUUUCGGGUAACGAUCUAAUAAGUUUCCAUCCUUUGGAGGCAUCCUAUCAUUGUUACCAUGAAAUAGGCUGCCCGUACCGAAAUGCCAGCAGCGAGGAAGGGAAUGACAACACUGAGGAAGAUCUGUGCAUUAAUCUCUUGUCUAACGAAUUCAGAGGGGAAAUGUGCGAUGACCAGGCAGUCGUGCCUUAUCCCCGGAAUCUGACUCUUAUCAGGAAGUUUGAUACAUCUGUCAUUAUUGGCUGGGAUCCACCACAGGCACCAAAUAACCGCGGAGAGGUACAUAGCUAUAAUAUUUAUGUCAAUGCCGAUUUAUGUUGUAAUGUCAAGCACCGCAGGCAGAUGAAAGCCAUGAUUGAAAACCUGGCUCUGAAGUUCCAUUCCUAUCGGAUAUCAGUACAGAGUGUGACCGACAAAGGACUUUCUGAUAAGCUGCAAUGUACUUUCCUCGUAGGACACGGUUUCCGUAUUGCACCCACCCUCUUGGAGCUUCGGAGUGUCACGGCAACGUCAGCAGAAAUCACUUGGUUGCCAAGCAGCAGCAACUAUACCCAUACCGUUUAUCUCAAUGAGAAAGAAUAUGAUGUCACAGAAACGGGGGUCUAUUGGUACACUUUCCGGAACCUGAAACCUAACAGCCAGUACCAUGUCAAAGUGGAAGCUCGGGCUCAUUUUGAAGAGCUGGAACAGAAAUCAAGAGAAAUGACAUUUACUACCUUAUUAGUAGGACUGCCAAAUCCUCCCCUCGAUGUCCAGGUUCAUCCAGGUUCUUCUGCAGAGUUUCUGAAUAUUAACUGGUUGCCAGUAACAAUCGAUGCAGCAGGAUCAUCCAAUGGAGUGAAGGUCACUGGCUAUGCUGUUUAUAUAAAUGGGUGGAAGGUAACAGAAGUCAUGUCACCGACAGCUGGAAGCGUCUCGUUAGAAACAACUCAGCUACCUAUGUUUCACGGACCCUGUAUGGUGUUUGUAAAAACCUUGUCCCCAUAUGGAGAAUCUGUGGGGUCUGUGCCAGCGUUAAUCCCAGCCGCUCUGUUGGACUCCACUCAUUCUUCGUUGCCAAUCCCUGUUGCUGAGCAUGACGAUGGGCACAUUGCUACGGCAAGCAAUGCAUCUCUGCCUUUUCACUCCCACCUGUCUACGUCCAACGAGGAUAACAAUUUCACCAUUCACUUUACUUCAAGUUGCAAAGAGUCGGACCCUUCCACGCCAGUGGACGUUUCUCAGAAUCAGGAGUCCUUGUCAACCUGGGCAACUCUUCAAAACGAAGAUAACGUGUUUUCCAAUCUGUCUUCCUCUGUUUGGAAGCAGUCUUCCGAGUGUGUUUUUCCAGCGUCAAGGUGGGACAAAUCAGCCCAUUACGCCCAAGCGGAAUCACAAGACUCUCAAAAGAAAAGGUCAAAAAAGUAUUUACUGAGUAAAAAAACUCCCACACUUAAAAGCCAACCAGGCAGCAAAAAGGGCAGUGUUCAUCCAGUGAAUAUUUCAAAAGAUUCAUUUUCUCAACGCUACGUCGAGAAUUCUGGCAAAUGUUUUUGGACCCCCAAGUCCAGUGUUCCUUCAGUAGAGUUUCUACCCCAAAAAGGUGGUUCGAGACGCACGGGACCAAGCAAUAUCUGUCCCGAGGAAGAACCUGAUCGCUUGUUGGAGAGGAAACACAGUAAACAGAUAAAGCAGUUGUGCAAAGCGUUCUCUAACACGAAGGAGGCUACAGCUGAAACAGAGCAAAUAUCAAGACCUGGAAGUUGGCGGUCUCCUCGUGGUCACCACAAUAAUAAUUCUGAUUCCUCGGAAGAGGAAGAGUAUAAAAUACAUUUCACUUGCUCAAAAGCUGCUGGGAUGCAGGGGAGGCCCAUGUCUCCUGGAGAAGCGGCAGAAAACGAAAUGAUAACCCGCCAAACCGUUCCCUCGCUGCCUAAUUCAAGCCCUCAAGGGAACUUAAUGUCAGGAAGUACGCUUAAGGAUGACUCAGAAAGAUUAUUUGUAGCCCUUGUUGACUAUGAUCCUCUAACAAUGUCUCCUAACUCCGAGGCUGCUGGAGAGGAAUUAUCCUUUAAAGAGGGACAAAUCCUAAAGGUGUUUGGAGACGAAGACGCCAAAGGAUUUUAUAGAGGCGAAUGCGAAGAAAAACAAGGGUAUAUUCCUUGCCAUAUGGUAUCCGAGAUUUACAUUGAAAAAUCCAUCAAUUCUCCCAAACCUUCAGAUAACACCUGGCAGAAGAAGGAGGAAUUCUUUCACUUUGCAAGCAGCCUGGAAGAACAGAAUAAAGAUGGAAGGGCGAGAAUCGGCUGGUCUCCGAUGCCAGCCUCUUUUGCAGAUGAGACCACCACGGUGGAGAAGUCUUCUUUGGACACCUGUUGCACUAUCCAGGUUGGAGACAGAGAAUUUAUCACAGUUGAAAUAGAAGCAACUCCAUUUAAAUGUCUGGAAUAUGGAAAGACAUUCAGCCAGAAGGAUGUGCUCACCUGUCGCCGAGCAAGUCACACACAAUGCUUGGAGUGUGGGAAGAACUUCUGUCCCAAGAAACAAAUUGUCCAUCAUCGGUCAUCUCACAAGGGAGAGAAACCAUUCAAAUGCUCAGAGUGUAUCAAGAGUUUCAAUCAAAAGGCAAAACUUGUUCGGCAUCAAUCAACUCACACAGGAGAGAAACCAUUUAUGUGCUUGGAAUGUAGAAAGAGCUUUGGCCAGAAAGCAGACCUUGUUCGUCAUCAGUCAACUCACACAGGGGAGAAGCCAUUUAUAUGCUUCGAGUGUGGAAAGAGUUUCAACCAGAAGUCGCACCUUGUUGUUCAUCAGGCAAUUCACACAGGAGAUAAACCGUUUGUGUGCUUGGAUUGUGGGAAGUGCUUCAAUCAGAAAUCAAACCUUGUUUGUCAUCAGAAAACUCACACGGGAGAAAAACCAUUCAAGUGCUCAGAGUGUGGAAAGAGCUUCUGUCGAAAGGCACACCUUGCUCUUCAUCGGUCAACUCACACAGGGGAGAAACCAUUCAAAUGCUCCGAGUGUGGAAAGGGCUUCAGUCGGAAAGUAUACCUCGUUCUUCAUCAGUCAACUCACACAGGGGAGAAACCAUUUAUAUGCUUCGAAUGUGGAAAGAGCUUCAGUCAGAAGGCACACCUCGUUUUUCAUCAGGGAACUCACAUGGGAGAGAAACCGUUCAAAUGCACAGAGUGUGGAAAGAGCUUUUGUCGGAAGUCACACUUCAUUCGUCACCAGUCAACUCACACAGGAGAGAAACCAGUCAUGUGCUUGGAGUGUGAAAAGAGCUCCAGCCAGAACAGAAACCUUAUUAAUCAUCAAAGAUGUCACACAGCAAAAAAGGACCUCAUCACACGGACCUUGAGAAGCUUUGGGAUGAUCUGUCUAGCAAAGGGAAUCCUAGGACCUGGUUGUACGCUCGGCGGCAGGAACGGAAGCCCCCGGGCAUGUCUUGCUGCAUGUGCGCAUCCCUUCCGGCUGUGCAAUGCCAAUGUCAGGCUGGCAAAACGUGGCGAGGUGGGGCAGAAAGCAACGGGUGGCCCAGCCUCACCAUUAGGAACCAUUGUGCCUCCGUUGCUGCUGCUUGCUUCCACUUUGGAGGCCUCUGAGAUGCACAGAAUAAAGAUGGAGGAGCAAGAGUCAUCUGGUUCCCAGUUAGAAACCUUUUAUCCUGCUUUUAAGACAGAGGACACUUGGAAGAAAGGCAAUGGAAACAGUCUGCUCCACUCAGACCUUCAGUGCCAACUCUUCCGGCGCUUUCGCUAUAAGGAGGCCGGUGGGCCAAGACAGGUUUGCAGCCGCCUCCACGAUCUCUGCCGCCAGUGGCUGAAGCCAGAGCAACACACCAAGGCUGAGAUGCUGGACCUGGUGAUCCUGGAGCAGUUCCUGAGCCUCCUGCCCCCAGAGAUGGGGAGCUGGGUCCGAGAGUGUGGGGCAGAGACCUCUUCCCAGGCGGUGGCCCUGGCGGAAGGCUUCCUCCUGAGUCGGGCAGAGGACAAGAGGCUGGAAGGACAGGUGCAGGAAUAUUUUGCUUAUGAGAACAAUGAUGUGGAGAAGUCUCUUUCGGACACCAUUUGUGUUGUCGUGGUUGGAGACGGAGAAUACAUCACAGUUGGCAAUGAAACAUGGCCAAGUGGUAGUAGCACAUCUUUUCACGAUUCCUUACUAAGAAGAGACUCUGAGAGACCAGAUCAGGUGACUUUUGAAGAUGUGGCUGUGGAUUUUACAGAGGAGGAGUGGGCCCUCUUGGAUCCCGAACAAAGAGCCUUGCACCAGCAAGUCAAGGAGCAGAACUUGAGGAUCAUGUCCUUUAUGGAGGCGACACCAUUUAAAUCUUUGGAAUAUGGAAAGAAUGUCAGUUGGAAGGAACCGCUCACCUGUCAUCCAGCAAUUCACAGACCAGAUAAACCAUUUAAAUGUUUGGAGUGUGGAAAGAGCUAUUGUCACAAGAGACAUCUUAUUCGUCAUCAAUCAACUCACACAGGACAGAAACCGUUUAUAUGCUUUGAGUGUGGGAAGAUCUUCAAUCAGAAAUCACAUCUUGUUGUUCAUCAGGCGAUACACACAGGAGAGAGACCAUUUAUAUGUUUUGAGUGUGGAAAGAGCUUCAGUCAGAAGUCAAACCUUGUUGUUCACCAGGCAACUCACAGCAAAGAAAAACCCUUUAAAUGUUCAGAGUGUGGAAAAAGCUUCUGUCAAAAGAUACACCUUAUUCGUCAUCAGUCUACUCACACAGGAGAGAGACCAUUUAUGUGCUCAGAGUGUGGAAAGCUUUUCAGCCAGAAGUCACACCUUAUUUUCCAUCAGAGAACUCACACAGGAGAGAAACCAUUCAAAUGCUCAGUGUGUGGAAAGACAUUCAGUCAGAAGACAUCGCUCGUUCUUCAUCAGUCAACUCAUACCGGGGAUAAACCCUUUAUAUGCUCAGAGUGUGGAAAAAACUUCAGUCAGAAGGCUGAACUUGUUCAUCAUCAGGCAACUCACACAGGGGAGAAACCAUUUCAAUGCUUGCAGUGUGAAAUGAGCUUCAAACGGAAGUCACACUUCAUUAUUCACCAGGAAACUCACACAGGGGAGAAACCAUUUAAAUGUUCUGAGUGUGGAAAAUGCUUCAGACGGAAGUCACACCUUGUUAUUCAUCAGGGAACUCACACAGGAGAGAAACCUUUUAAGUGCUCAGAAUGUGGAAAGUGCUUCAGUCAGAAGGCAUACCUUGUUCGACAUCAGGCAACUCACAAAGGAGACAAACCAUUUCCCCUGGAGUGCGGAAAGAGUUUCAGUCAGAAGAGAAACCUUAUUAACCAUCAAAUCUGUCACAUGGUGGUGCAGGUAAAGCUGGAGGAUGACAAGUUCCCUUUUUUACAUCAGAGUCACUGAGUUCAAAAUAUUGACUUAAAAACUUAAUAACCUGAUAUCUUUCUCUGAAAGUAUUCAUGUUUAUCUUAAGAAAUGGCCACCAGUAUUUCUGCCUUACAAAAUACAAGGGUUUUUUUU